AAAAGCAGAAGAAGUCUGCUGGUUUAUCUAGUGGACCCACACCUAACCUAACCUAGAAGAAAGUAACAGGACAAUGCAGGCGCAGCAGGCUCCCCCUUGUCCCUACGCCGAGCCUGUAAUACUAAGUAGAAGAUAACGAGCCUUAUCAAGAUAAAGACUAAGUAGAAAUAGAAUGCAGGUGCAGGUCCCUCGUUACGAGCCUGUCUCGGAGUACGUGGAACGACUGCGCAACGAGAACUACUAUUGGCUCUCAGACCAGAAGUUGGUCAAAAGCGAGGAUGAAGGAGGAGGAAGAACGGAAAGCAAGGAUGGGAAGAGCAACGCAUCAAAGUUGAGGACAGUGCAACUAGUAACGAGUAGGCCUCCUCGAGUAAGCAAAGUGGGGUUCUUGAGUUGACUAGAUCUUGUUGUACCCCUCAGAAUAGUUGAAUAGAUCUUGUUAUGUUUACUAGAUCUAUAGGUUGACAGGAUUACCAUUACCUCGUAUAAUGGGCCACUGGCUGCUCAAGCUUCGUCUGCAUUGCAAGUGUCGCCGUCACCUAACCUACAUAGAUACUCUUGGAGUCGUAGAUACUCACCCUUGGAUCAUAACUUCCGGUAGAUGUUACUCUUGGACCCGACUCUACCUCCUGAAGCUUCUAAGAGCAGACCCGGGAACAUCAACGACAUCAGAAGGCGGCGAUGAGUAUUUCUAUUAAGGCUACGGCUUAAGCAUUCUCCGCAUUAUGAUCCUCUCCUCAUUAUGUCUUUCUACUUGAAAAUGGUACGUAAUUGAAAAAUUAUUAUGUCUUUCUACUUGAAAUAAAUGGUACCAAGGCUACUGUAAUGUUGAGGACGCACUCUCUCAGGGAUGCCGAUGGUGCGGUAGCUCUAACACUAUUUCAGUAACUACGUACGUUGUCCCAAGGUCGCGUUUGGAACUGGCACACGCUGGAUACCGCCAAAACAAGGGCAAGAAGGAGAGGAUAGGGCACAAUCUUCUUUUCAGCAUCAAGCAGAGGGGGAUGGAGGUAUGCUCGACAAGUGUGAUAUAAAUAUGUACAUUGGCUGCAUUGGCAUAUUCUUCAUUGAAAAAUUAUUAUAGCAGAGUAGUUUAUAGCACGCAUGGAGUAGCAUGGAGUGCAUGGAGCGCAGAGCUUUAAGGGGCGCAAGAAGCUCCCCCUUUAGCUCCAUGCUACUCCAUGUGAUAUAUGCACUCCAUGCCAUGCGAGCGGUGAAACCUUAUGAAUUGCUCUGUUAUAGUCUCCUGGUGUGAUGAAGAGGGUUGUUUCCAGUUUAGACUUGAUAAGCUUCUUGAGAAACAUUGACCCCUGAAAUUCUUGUUUGGUGAUGCUUCUCCUGCAGAAUUCAUCCAGUUCUUUAAAUUGCUCAUAAUUGAAGUAGUAAAGGCUACUGCUUAUACUUUUGUGUACGCUAAAUACCUUACUGUAGGAGUAGGUAGCAGCGUAGUACUUCAUUACUAAUUCGAGGGUGGAAAGCAGAACCAAAGACGGCAGGCCUAGUGCUGUAGACGAGACCGGUGCGGGGGAACAAGAGAUCGUCGACCCAGUACUAGUAGAAGCCAUUGUAACGGCCCUGGACAGUGGUAUCAGACACAUUGACACUGCAGAUUACUACAGGCAGGAGCGGUCGGUUGGCGAAGCAAUACGUGUGUGGUUGAAGAAGACUGGGCGAGCAAGAGAAGAGCUUUUUAUCACAACCAAGUAUUGGCCUCAUCCUCUUUAUGGUAAAAAAUAAUAAUAAAGAGGAUGAGGGGGCCGAUACCUCAUCCUCUCCCAUCUUUAUAGUAGGUCAUCUCCGUGACCGGCGUGGCACUCUUUUUUUUUGAAGAAGUGCAAUCAAGGAAGGGGAAAAAGUGCCACCCUUUCCGACAUGAGAUGAAACGAUGGUGGUCUGGUGCCAUGAGAUUAUACUCGGGGAAAUAAGCUAGUAAAACUCUGACUCUUCAUCUCUUCAUACUGUAUCGAGUUCAUCGGAUCGUGAGCUUAGUGAUUUAUCCGCGGAUAUAGUGGCCGCAUUGUGUCGGUCGUUAACCCGGUUGCAAAUCGACUACGUGGAUUUGUAUCUCUUGCACAAUCCGUUCAACGGUUUGGGCAUCGACAAGGCCUUGUAUUAAGUUGACACCAUGACGGCGCAUGUCCUUAACAUGUAUGGUUCUGGUCUUUGGUAUAGCCUGAGUUUGAUCCUAAGGGUUCUCUUCUUGUUUUCCCUUAUGAUCAAACUCAGGUUACCAAAUACCGGAACCAUUCAUGACACCAUGAUCCUUGGCAGGUCCUCCUUUUCAAGAGGAAAAGCGGCUCAAGGAUUGGCAAGAGGAAAAUGCGACGCGGUAGCUCUAAUUGUAUGGAGACGCAGCAGAGCUGGUGGAGGAGAAAAGACGGCUGUUGGACCACGAGGACAUAGUACUGGAUACGCAUGAGUAUUGGCAGAAUCCACACGCUUGGCGCGAUCGAGAUGGCAAUAAUUAAGGCUAGAAGUAGAUGAAGUGGAUGCCUAGAUGGCAAUAAUUAAGGAAGUGGAUGCUCAUCUUCUAUCGCACGGCUUUCGAAGUGCUCUGCUUUUGAAGGGAAAAGCAGAAUCAGGAUGCAGCUCCUGGAGGUCGAAAAGCAGCAUCUUCAGGAUGCUCCUGGACAUUGAGGGGUUCUCUUGGUUCUAUCUAAAAUGAUAUGCGACCAGCAUCAAGUCUGCCUCCAGAAGAGAUGAGGGAGAUCCUUUUCAACAAGGCAGCAAGUCGCUCUUUUGCUGCACGGUUGGAUUUGUUUUUAAGGUUCACGACGCGGCGACCUAUCACGACACUCAACUACGAGAUUUUCUGCUCAACUUUCACUUCAUCUGUGAACUGACAUGGUCUGAGCAUCCAGAGAGAGAGAUCAUUUCUACCCUUCGACUUCUCGACUUUCUAAGCAUCCUCUCCCGACUAGCAGGUUCCGAAAGACGACAAGCGGAGAAAUUGCGUGGUGCGUGGAAAAGAAUGGAAGAUCUAGCGUUAGAAGGGUUCUUGUGUCGGAGCAUAGGAGUUUCCAACUUUAGCCGGAAGCAUGUAGACUGGCUUGUUUUCGAGGACACUAAGCGCGACACAGGUGUCGUGGAAGAAGUUUCCUUAUGGACUGUGGCGUUUUUAUCGUUUCAUAGGUGAGCAAGAGCAUCAUUCACGAAAUUACUCGUAAACUCAAAAUAACCGAGUUGACUUAAAAAUAAUCUCAAAGGGUCCCUUUUUAAUGUCGUUUACAAUGCUUCCAUUGGGCCCUGUUUAGGAAGCGUGGCAUUGAAAGUCCCAUUGACAGUUUCGGAAUACUGAUCUGGGCAUCUUGGCAUAUCUUUCGAACUUUGAUGUAGCUAGUUGUUUAUGGAGUACUAGGACAUUUUUAUUGAUUCAAAAGUGAGCAAGAGCACAAGUUGUAGUUAUGUAGUACUCUUUUUACAGUGGUCUGUGAUGGGAGCAAGAGCAGGAGUUGCAGCUAUGUAGUCCUUAGACUUUUUUUAAAUUUUUGUUUGUUGUGAAUUGAAGUUGUAUUACUCCUCGUGCUAUUGUGAAUAAGAUCAUUUUUUGCAGGAAGGAAAAAAUUUGAUGACGUACUAGUUGGACUAGGCUAGUUUGUACACCUACCUCUAGCAUGAAAAAGAAAAACGCUGUAGAAAUACUUACAAGUAGUACAUUUGUCUACUUUCCCGCCUCACAAGUUUCGUCUUGCCGUUGAUCCUGUACAAUCACUGGAGACGCACUGAUGAUUCAUUGACUGAUUGAUUGAGUCGUGCUCGCACAGUCCAGAGCUGGUCCUGGGUCUGUUUGUUCCUCCGUCAUCCAGCACCGCGGCUCGUUAGACGGCCGCAUAUAGUUGAUUGAUUGAUGUGCCUGGCAUGAGGUCAUUGUUGGAAGAAGUCCUACUUUCAUUUGCUCCCUAUCGACGAGCCCGGAUCCAUCCGUCAGAAUUGACGAAUGAAAACCUAGCGGACCAUCCUCUAGUUGCCUACGUUGGCCCACGGCCUAAUAUCCGGAGUAGAAGCGCUUCAAGGAAUAUUCUUAAGAUGCGAUGAGGAUGUUUGAUGAUUUCGAAGGUGAGUUGUGUCAGUGAUUUUGUUCCAGUCACUUGGACUAGGAGGUUGAUGUUUCAGCUGUUCCUGCUCUGGAGUGCAUUAGUACAUCAAGAUUUCGUUGCCAAAAUUAAGUCAUUGCCCCUAUGCAUAAUUUGUAAUCUGUAAUCUUCUGUAACAAGCUUGUCCCUAUGCUUAAGUAAUAAUAACUGCGCCACCUCCUCGCGCUAGGCACAUUCAUUCAUUCACUCACUCAUUCCUAACUCUUCUAACUCCCGUUGCCGCAUAGUCCCUGUUUGCAAUCAGAUUGAAGCGCACUUGCACUAUCAACCCGACACGGAGAUUAUGCGGGAGCUUUUUAGUGAGUGGUUCGGCUUGCGGGACGAUCAGUCGAUUCUGCCUAAGUGCUUCGCCUUCGGAGCCUUGUUUCCAUUGCGGACAUUAUGGUUGUCAGAUGGUUGCCCUUGCCAGUCAGUUCUCACUUGAUGAAGAGUUGUUGUAGACUCGUACUUCAUGAUGAAGAGUUGUUGUAGACUCGUACUAACUUCAUCCAGCAGCUGCAAUAGCAUAUACAUAUUUAAUAUGUUGUAUAGCACUAAAUAAAACAGCCGGUUAGUAAGUUUUUACCUCUAGAGAUCUAGCCCUUUCAGCAACAUAUACAUAUUUAUGUUGUCCCUUCAUCUUCCAUAGCACCAGGGGAAGCCGAUAUAGAUACACGAAGGUCGAGGCCUGGGUAUCCAGAGAGCGAUCCCGAGAGGGUGAAAUACGACAGUUUUGGGAUCCCGAUCGAGGAAUCAGCCAGCAUUGUUGAGUAUGGCAUAUGUGUUAAGUAUGGGUCGAUAAUUCGGGAAGCAUUGUCACCAGACUACUUCCGAUGUGUCCUCGAUCAAAGACAAAGCAAUUGAAAAAAGUCAAGGUGACCGGUUCUGCUUCCCUGCUCGUCUUCCUCACUGUACGUUACCUUGCUAGGAGUUUACACGCCAUACAGACCUACAGUAUUAAGUCUUCGUUCCCCAUGAUACGAUGUGUCCGAUCCUGCACCACCUUCCUCCACUAUCUUCCCUCUAACCCCGAGUUGACACCAACCCGGACAAUGAUCCCUUAGCAGUCUAUGACUAUGAGCCACCGUUUGACGAGGAGAAUUGCUGGGAGAAGGGGAGCGAGGAUUCAGAAGACACACGAGAUCGAAAAAAGAGGAAAAGACAUCGGCUGCGACUCAAAGAUCAGUACUUUUUUUUAUGAUCUACUUCGAUUGUAUUUGUAUGGCCUUUGAAGUAGGUUCUCGGGGGGUGUUAUUAAGUACCUCGAUUGUAAUAAGUCCAAGUACUUAUGUCUUUUGAAGUAGGUUCGAUUGAGACUCAAAGAUCUGUACUAUUUUUUUCUUGACAAGAAGUGAAAAAAUGUCACCUGUUGUUCUAUAGAAGUCAACUUUUUUUUGUCUUUUGAAGUAGGUGAUCGGGUGUUGUUGAUACAAACCUUGGAUAAAUUAAUAGGCCCGGGUGUUGUUGAUACAAACCUCGGAUAGAUAGGCCAAGUGGGAAGGGCACACGACAUGAUAUGACCACUAUCGUAAAUAGCUUCAAAAGUAAAAGUUGGCGGUCCCAAUACUAGGUGAAAGGUAUCGCAAAUUUUUCAAAUCCGAGUGUCAACUAGCAUCUAGCUUUAUAUUUAAAGGUUGACGGUCCCAAUACUAGGUGAAAGGUAUCGCAAAUUUUUCAAAUCCGAGCAUCAACUAGCAUCUGGCAUGGUCACUGGCGUGGGCAGCUAGAAAAACAGGAAACUCUCGUCCCAUUUGCAGGUGUGGGAGCUCUCAAAUUUUCUAAUUUGUCUUCAAGUUGCGUGUCAAAGGAACAAACUGAUUCCAGGCAUGAAAACCAUUUCUGAGCACCACGACUUCUGAAAACCAUUUACAUACACUAUUAAGGCAUGAAAACCAUUUCUGAGCACCAGGACUUCUGAAAACCAUUUAGAUAGACUUGUUUCCAAGGUCUACAAACAUCAUUGAGCAGGUAAGUAAAAAAAGUAGGUGUAAAUAAGAAAAGGAUGUUGAAAAGGUCCUCUUUCUUUUUGCCUCUUACACUACUUCUACUUCAUCAUUACCCUCCUCAUGUGCGAGGACCCAGAUGAACUCACUCUAUUUCCCUCUUCAUGUGCGAGGACUUAGAACUCAAUCUAUUUCCUCCUGCAGGCACGAUCUCGAACGAAAUCCUCCUAUAGUGACAGCCUUUGAGCGGAGUCGCGCAUUAAAACUCGAAAUUCAGGAGAUGGCUCGUUCGAGGGAAACAACCCCGGAGAAAAUAGUUUACAUUAUGUGACAAUCAUUUCUAAUCAUUUCGUAGAUUAUGUGAUAGGAGGACCAAGUUUCCCUCGUUGGAUGGGGGUAAAUCAGAACUAUCGAUCUUUCAUCUCGUUAUCUUUCUUCAGGACUGUCUAUUCCCAAGUCACUAUACAUCAUAGAUAUACAUCAUAGAUACUAUAAUUGCUAUUAAUCAACAUCAUACGAACGGACAAAUCGUUUGUUGUCCUCCGUGUGAGCAACAGUUUCUUCAUCGUCCGUAUCUUCUAAUAAACCCUACACCCUAAUAAACCCUACACCAACUUCUACUCUUCUAUCUCGUCUAAUGCUAGUUGGUGUCUUUCAAUUAUAUCUUCUUCCCCUCGAUCUCGUCUAAUACUAGUUGGUGUCUUUCAAUUGUAUCUUCUUCCCCUCGAUCUCGUCUAAUGCUAGUUGGUGUCUCUCGAUUGGCUGUGGCGUCGUUUUUACUAGUGGCAACCAAGAUCGCAUCCGCACCCUGUUAGCUCCAGACGAGACCAGCAAAAGCGCCGGAGACAAAAUUGGUCUUCAUGCAGUGCGAUUGAGUUAAGGCUAGCGCCUGUCAUGAAUUCAUCUAAGUGUAAUGGGUCAUGUUGAUGUCUCCAGAACGACCUUGUAGGACUUUUAGUCCUAGCAGAAGCUACAUUUUCAUGUUUUGAGGAUUUCUAGGCCUGUCAGAAUGUGCCAAUUCGUACCCAUUAUAGUCUCACGCUGUGUCUAUCUCUUCGUCCGGAAACGAAUUUGUAUUAAAUCAAUGGAGAUAAAACCAAAAUUUCUUGGAAUUUGAUGAUUUCAAAACAGUCAGCGUCUACGAAGAAUUUCCAGGACAGGAAAUUCUUAAGCUCCUCUAAGGUUAUCCGGAAGAAGUCGAGAGGCUGUCAACCUUGGGCAGCAAGUGGGAAUCGCGACGCUAUUUCUGUGCGGAAUACGAAUUCCUGCAGAACGUGGAUGAGCUGAGGCGAGUCACAAUGUGAGUCACCCACCUAGUAGGGUGUGAGACGAGUUAAGCAGUAGGGUGUGAGUCAUAGUAAUUCAGUACGUGAGUAACUGUAGCCUAGUAGUAGGGGGAUGAUACGUAAGGGGAAGAUGAUAGUCAUUCACGUAAGGGGAUGACACGUAGCUGUAGAAGUAGGGUUAGGGUGAAAUAACGUAGAAGUACUAGCAGAGGUCGUUCGGGUUAGGGCUAAACCGUUUGUUUAGGGAGGUGAGUCGCCUAGAAUCACCCAGAAAGGAAUGCGAGCCACCUAGAGGGUACUACAGGGGUUCGCUCUGGAAGGUGAAGAAUAAGCUCAUAGAAAUAAACUCCUCUCCUCUCCUAUUGUUCAGCGGUGAUUCAUAUCCUUUUAUCCAUCAUAGAUCGAAGAUGUCCAAUGCGUCAACACGCUCAAAAAAUUCACAGGAUUUUUGUUGCUUUUGGUUUUUCUCCGUUGGUGCACGACCACGAUGUCCGGCCGAGAUGGUAUCGUUGCGUCAACAACGCGUGUCAAUGAUCGAUGGUGCUUUUAUUGGUUAUUAUUUUACAGGAUUUCAGAUGUUAAUAGAGCAUAAU